AACAGCAGGUGUCGCUCGGGUGCGCGCGCCGCCUUCUCUCUGCCGCCUCGGCUCUCACAGAAACACCGGAGCUUGCUGCGUGUCUUCCGGUAAUUGUUAUGUAGCAAAGUCGCUCCAAAUUCCACAAAAACCUGUAAAUCUGCGCACAAACCGGGCAAAAAUGUCUAAAGGCCUGGCGCUGUUGGAACAAUCUUUAUUAAAAUACGAUGAGGAGAGACUACGGGCGAGAUUGCCGCUGGAUUCACGCGCGAUGCUGCAAAAACGAGACGUCAACACUCUUUCAAUGAGCCCAAAAAGCGACAGCAGCCCUGAAAUGGUUAAAAAGGAGGACGACCAAGUCCCAAUGGAACUGCCGUUUAAUACUGUCAUAGUGAAAAACGAAUGUGAUGCAAAGGAGAGGAGAGGAGAAGAUGAAGGAGAAGAGAGUGAGGAUGAGGAGGAGGAGGAGGAGAGCGAGGAUGAGGAGGAGGAGAGUGAGGAAGAGGAGCCUGGCUGCAGCUCAGAGACUAAAGGACUUGUGUUCAGUUCAUUUGACUCCGAUUCGGAAGAGUGGGAGCCUGCAGCCAAAAGACAGACUGAGGAGACUAGAGAAGCAGCUGAUGGGAAUGAUACAAAACAAAAAGGUAUCCAGCCCUUUGUGAUCAAGCGAGACAUUGGCUCUUUUGUUUUCCACAACUGUACGCUAAAAGAAAACAGGAACUCCAGAUUGAAUGAACCGCACAGAGAAAGAACCAGAGAAAAAGACAAACCAGGCUGUAGCACUGAGACAACCACUCCACAAACUAACACAACCAACCUGCAACCAGCUCCCCAAAAUGCCCCUAAAACCCCCCAAAACAACAACAGCAGCUCCAACCCAACCACAAUACAAUCCAAGACCGCCUCUCAAAAUAUAAUCAACACGGAAGCAUCAGAAGUCCAUAAAUCACCAGCAAAGCGCAAAAAAACUCAACCUAACCCGGAUGGAGAAGUCGUCAAAACCACCAAACAUAAAUGCGCUGAGUGCGGCAAGUAUUUCCAAUGUGAGGCACAUUUACAGAGACACAUGCUUAUCCACUAUGGACUGAAGCCUUUCGAAUGCCCGGUCUGCGACAAAGCGUUCAGGUACAAGUCGAGUUAUAAGGCCCACUUGAAUAUGCAUACAGAAGAGAAGCCGCUUAGCUGUUCUAUAUGUGACAAAGGCUUCACCCAAUCACGUGAUCUAAAGAGACACAUGCUUUCCCACACCGAUGAGAAGAACUUUGACUGUCCAGAAUGUGGUGGCAAAUUUAAACAUAAGCACAAUUUGAUUCGUCACAUUUCGGUGAUCCACAAGGCAGAAAAACCGUAUCCGUGUCCGAUGUGCGAUAAGGCGUUCGCUCAAAAACACGAUUUCAUGACGCACAUGAGGACUCACUCAGGAGAGAAACCGUUCACCUGUAACGUUUGCACCCGCAGCUUUGGCGCGAAAGGCACUCUAAGGACCCACAUGAAGGUGCACAAGAAAACAGGGUCCAAGGAUCAGGAAGAACUCUCAUUUGAAACUGGAGAUGAAAGCGUGUCGGAUUUGUAAAUGUUUCUUGGACUAUUAAGGUGCCAUAUUUAUAAUGGCAAUGAAAGAAAUGAACUGGAAAGGGUGUGUGGUGUUAAAAACUACUAAAUAAUCAAUCAUAAAAUGUUGUUAUACAUGUCUUUAGUCGUACCAGCUGACCCUCAUCCAACAUGGUGGUAUGCUAGUUAAAGGACCCAUAUUCUGAUAUGUUAUAAUGUUUCCUCAUCAAAACGUACCUGGAGUUUUGUUCUUUGUUUCAUUCACACAUGUUAAACACACCAAUCCUGCAUAUUUAAGCUGAGGUCUUGUCACAGAAACACUGUUCCACCUUGUGAUGUCAUUUGGUAAUGCAGGAAGUGCACCACUGUGUUUUUAAACUCCGUACACCUUCACUAGAAUAAUUUCAGCCCUGGAUUUGCCAAUUUCUACUUAACUCUACUUAACAAAAGGUAAAAGGUUGUUAAUUUGAAAACUACCUCUACAUGACAUCACAAGGUGGAACAGAGCAUUUUGAACUUUGGAGGUAUAGACAGACUAAUAGUAAAAGGUUACUAUGUGUGAAUGAAACAAAACACAACUUCAGGUAUGUUUUUGAUGAGGUAACCACGUUACAACAUGACUUCAAAGUUCAUAUGAGUCAAUUUUACAUAAUAUAGGACCUUUAAUGUGUUGUUUAGGGCUAAAAAGUAAAUCACAAUUUCUUCCUCCAAAGUUUUGUGUCUGCGCCAAACCACAUGUUUUUUUGGCUGUAGACGUCUCCAUUAAAAAGGCCCAAGCUGAUCAAUGACCAUUAGAAUCUCAAUUACAAUUUGAUUAAUUGCACAGCCCUUGGUUUAACCCAGAGACUAUGUUGGAUCAAAUGCAGAAGACAAUUUAUACUAUAGAGACAAUAGUGCACCUUAACCUAACUAAUUAUGAAUUGUAUUGUUUGAAACUCUACUAUGUAACUUUUCCUAUCUGCCAUUUUCUCGUCUCCUUAGAGAUGUUUUUGUGUUGCCUGAAAUGUUCCACAGUGGGGUAUUAAACAUCUCUAUCUUGCAUUUAUUUUAUUAUAGGUGCUUUUAUUGCUCAAAAACACACGUUCAUACUGUGAAUGGACUUGCCUUUCCACAGAUCUAACCUGUAAUUUGGCCUUCAUGUCACCAUCUCUAUGGAGAUAAGUUAGUCGGUAGAUAAGUAAUGACAGUGUGGAACACUGAAGUCAAAGCACUAACCUCUCCUUGGAGACAAGUAGUCGACAGGCCAUGAACUAGAAAAGCUACACAGUGCACCUUUAAAACUGAAGUUGUUAAGGGUUAGUUUAUAUUGUUAAUCAAGUUGAUCAGUUUUCAAGUUAGCAAAAUUAUUUCUUUAAAAAGUAAUGCAACUGGCAUAAUGGUGGGAGAUAUUUUUUUUAAAAUGUAUAAAAUUGCAUUGGUGUUCAACAGUCCCGCUCAGUCUGUCCACUCUGGUCCUGGAAGUAAAUGUCCCAUUCAUUUUUCCCAUAGACUUUUUGAAAAAUUCAAAUAUUAAGAGUUAGACUUUAGCGCUUUAUAACGUUUCAGAAACAGAUUUUAAAUAAAAUCGUAAGUCUUGUGGUCAUAGUUAUCAGAGAGCUUAACCCUGAGCUUUAAACUUUUAAAAUGUGAAUGGGAAAUGUACUUGUAGAACCAGGGGGUGGGCUGUCACUGUUGAGCUCCACUGUUCUGGGGCUAUGCAUAUUUAGAAGAAUCUAAACUUGUUGUGUAAUCUUUCAAAACAGGGUAUAAUCUCACUGUACUAAUUUCAAAACAUAGAAUUUUUCUCUUUUUUUUUUGUCAGUUGAUACACAGUGACAUCACGCUGGGGGUGUGCUGCAUGUAUAUGUGUGGUGGAAUGUUCAGCAGUUACCGUGGUUACAUCAAUUCAUACAUCAGCAAUAGCUACCAAAAUAGUUUUAAGAUAAACUGAAAGCUCAAGUAAAAACAUAAAAUUGAUUUAAACACAUUUUUAGGAGCAUGUGACCAAUACAAGAAACAUGAGCGUGACUAACUGAAAACAGCACAGAUCAGCUCAGCUGUUGUAGUUCCAACUAAGUCAGUUCUAUAUGGUCACAUUGUGUUAAAUUAAAGCUCUGAUUAAAGUCUAACAAAGCCUCAGACAGAGCAUGCCUACAGUUAGCAUCACACCCCCAGGAAAUGUUGAUGACAUCAGCUGCAAAGUAUCAAUAUCACCCACUCUACACUGGCAACGCUCUACAUUAAAUAAUGUUAAAGUUUAAGAUGAAUCUGUUUAAUUUAUUACUGUGUAUGAGCCACAAAAAGGAUCAUCAUAUUCAUAAAGUUUCGUUUUUAUAAAUGAUUCCUUUUAUCUGACUCUAUAGCAGUGGCAUUUCUAGUAUAUAGGGCCGUCAAGCCAAGAAUUCCUACAUUUUAUAGAUGUUCUUUAGGCUAAUUGAUAAAAUGCAAUAAGUUAGUUAGUUAAUUGUUAAACCAACUGUACAAGUAUUAUUAUGCACCUUUAAAGGUCCUAUAUUACCCAAAAUUUACUCUUGUACGCAACAUACACAGAGUUGCAUUUUACUUCAUUCACACGUACAUCUCCAAAUCUCUAAAUUCUCUGUUCCACCUUGUGUUGUCAUGUUGUAAAGGUUAAAGGAGCUGUUAACUUGAAUAGAUUUCUAGUUAACAGCUACAUUUUAUCUUUUGGUUAGUAGAGAUUGCAAAUUCCGUGGCUGAAAUAAUCCAGUUGAUUUUAGCGAAAGUGUGUGGUGCUUAAAAACACAGUGUAUUACCACAUGACAUCACAAGGUGGAACAGGCUGUUUUCAGUUUGAGAGAAGAACUCCGCCUAAAUAUUCAGGAUUAGUGUCUUAAACGUGUGAAUGAAGCAAAACAAUUCCAGGCAUGUUUGUGAUGAGGAAACAACAUAACAUCAGAAAGUAGUGUAAUAUGGGCCCUUUAAACUGAGCAGCCCCAUACAGUGAUCCAAUUGUUUAUGAAUUUAAAUUAAUAUAUAUUUUCCAUAAAUAUCUUUUAAUUUCUCCAUUUGUCUCUUACUGUUUCCAAAAUGAAACUAAAAGUGCUCUUUUUCGUGUUAAUAUGUUGUUGCUGAAAUUAUUUAAUUUGAUUAAUUUCACGUAGCAUUUGUUCAUUUUCUGUUGUUUAUACUUCAUGUUGAUGUGGAGGACCAGAUAACAUGUUAAGUUUCCAAUCAGAAAACCUGUUUGUCUGCAAUAAUCCAUAAUAAAACUUUAAAUACAAAU